AUGCGCGUGAUGGAGCGACUUCUUAGCCAUGGUGCAAACCUGUAUUCCACUUUUUCCAAGCACAUUCAAGUUUCAGGAGACAUGCUAAAUGAUGAAGAAGCGGAGGAAAGAUGGAUAACACGAAGCACCACUGGUUCCCAUGAGAUUAUGUCUAGGUCGCUCUGUGCCAAACCGAUAUUCGGCCUUCCAUCGUUGGAUUUGGAGGCCCGUGACGCAGAUUAUUGCACCUUACUUUUAGCUGCAUCUAAAAGCUACUCGAUCAAUCAGACCACAGUUGAAAGCCGGCAAUAUCAAAAAGCUAUAAAGAAUGCAUUACAUGACCUUAUCGAUAGUGGGACCAAUGUGACGGCAAAAGGAAGAACAAUUCCUCAUCAUCUCAAAAGCCCAUACACUGAAGCUAUUCAAGAUAUCUUUGUAAGAACCCUGACAUUGCUCCUCAGUGAGAAAGCUGUUGAAGCACCCCUACACUACGUGGUUUGUUCGCAUACGUCGAAAUUCUUCUAG